GUGCACCGUCUGCGGUCGGUGGAUAAUUUGUUCGUUGUUGUUCAGGAGUUCAAAGACUAUCAAUUCAAAGAGAACAAGGAAGAUGCUCUAAAGGAUUUGGAAGAUUUGGUUAAAAAGCUGCCUUGGACCAAUCCACUGAAAGUCUGGGAGCUAAACAACAGCUUAAAAAAGAAAAAGACAAAACGCAAAAAACAUAAUCUGCAGAAUCCUGCAAGCAAAGAGAAGUUGAGUGAUGAUGGAGAAGGGGAAGGAACAGCUCAAAAAGGCAUCAGUAAGGAGAAGGACUGUCCCCAAAACACUGCAGGUGCAGAACCUGCCAGCGGCCAGGACACGGAAAAGACGGAAGGAGUGGCAUCCCAAAAUGGGGAGGAGGAUGAUCACGAGCACUCAGAUGCUAAGGAUGAAUUGCAGGCGGGUUCUGGAAGUGAGACCAAGGCUGGUGACGAUAAGGCAGGCGAAGGAGAGGCGAAGGUGUUGAAAUUCCGUGUUACAUGCAAUAGAGCAGGAGACAAGCACAGUUUCACGUCAAACGAGGCUGCAAGAGACUUCGGUGGAGCAGUGCAGGAGCACUUCCAGUGGAAAGCUGACAUGACUAACUUUGAUGUAGAGGUUCUUCUGAAUAUUCACAAUAAUGAAGUAGUUGUGGGCAUUGCGUUAACUGAAGAGAGCCUUCACAGAAGAAAUAUUACCCAUUUUGGACCCACAACCCUUCGUUCCACUCUCGCUUAUGGCAUGCUUAGACUCUGUAACCCACAGCCAACAGAUAUCAUAGUUGAUCCUAUGUGUGGCACAGGUGCAAUACCAAUAGAGGGAGCUUCAGAAUGGCCUAGCUGCUACCACAUUGCUGGUGAUAACAACCCACAAGCUGUAAAGAGAGCAGCAAACAACAUCAGUUCUUUACUAAAGAAAAAUGAGAACAAGGAAAGCAGUACUUCCUCGGGCAUCCCCUUAGACAUCAUUCAGUGGGAUAUUUGCAAUCUCCCUUUGCGCACUGGUUCUGUGGACAUUAUUGUGACAGACAUGCCGUUUGGAAAGAGGAUAGGGUCAAAGAAGAAGAACUGGGAUCUCUAUCCAGCGUGCCUUAUGGAGAUGGGUCGGAUCUGCACACCGGGGACAGGCAGGGCUGCGCUGCUUACACAGGACAAGAAAUGCUUUGCCAAGGCUUUGUCACGAAUGGGACACAUCUGGCGCAAAGGUCAGACAGUGUGGGUGAACGUAGGGGGACUGCAUGCUGCAGUGUAUCUUCUGAGACGCACCUGGGAAAGAGCAGAAGAAAAAAGAUCAUUCUGGUAACCCGCGUGGAAGAAGACAAGACACCUCCAGAAUUUGUUGAGAAGCAGUCUGGUAAAGGAGGUGCCUGAGAGCAUAGGUCUGUCAAUUCCUGAGAAGGAAAAAA